GAAGACUGCCAGCUAUUGCCCUUAUCAUUGUACAAAACAAAUACCAGCUUAGUCAGAAGCAAAUAUUUAGUUCUUGUCAACUUUCUUUUUACAUAUCAAUUCACCCAGAACAGCAGGGAAAGAGUGAUGUUUCCCUCAGCUUAGCCUCUCCCUCUUUUGGUCUGUAUAAAUUUGGGUAGCAGAUUUCCUCAGACAUUGGUAAGAAACAUUCUAUUGCCAACUGAGCUGAUUCUCACAAAGGUUUCUACAUUGCACAGCAAAGAUGAAAGUCCUUCUAAUCUUGACUGUCUCAUGUAUCACCCUGACUUUGUGCCAUGGAGCUUGUUUUUUGAGAACACCCGAACUAGUCAUGCAAGAUGGUAAAUUUGUGGAUCCAAAUGGCUGUAUUGAUCCUUAUGAUAAGAGUAAGCAUAACUUGGAGUCUGAGUGGAACACAGCAAACUGUCAGAGAUGCGAGUGCAAUAGUAAAGGAGAGCUACAAUGCUGUUCCAGAUAUGGUGGCAUUGCAGUUGCUGAAGGAUGCAAAGCAGUUGCUGACCCAGACACAUGCACCUACAAAUUCUAUAAGGCUGAUGACCCUUCAACCCCAUGUCCAGGGAUGUAAAGCCCCACUUUGUUCCUUUCCUAUAUGAAAACCUGAAUAAAUCACUUCCUUCCACCUC